GGGUAGGUGGUGCUCAUCGUGAUAAGAGGAGGAAGAUGAAGACCGAAUGCAAUACACUGUUUCUCGCAGCGCCUCAUUGCUAAGUGUUUUCCAUGGGAGAGUAUUUAGAGGUUUCAUGACAUGUGCACAGUCACUUUGAGACAGAGCGCCAUUUUUACAGUCAUUUGUCUGCUCAUAAACGGCUGCAACGUGGUCAUCGUGGUCGUGCCCCAAGUCAAGGUGUUCCUGCGCAGCCAGCACUGGUUCCCUUACAUUCCGGACGUACACAACGUGAGCUGGCUGGUGAGCCAAGAUUCGUCGGAGUACAUCACGGUUGGGCUGGCUGGUGCGAGCAUCUUUUUCGACUUGCUCAUGUUUGGUGGUUGCAUCACUAAGACUCCGCAGCUGCUGGACGCCGGAUGCCUGUGGCACUACUUCGAUUUGGGCGCCGACCUUAUCGUCGGCUUCGUGUCAGCCAAUUACUCGACGCCCAUCAUUGUCAUCAACAAAACCACCGUCGUGGAACCACCGAGGCAGCCGGUGGCGCCCGUGCGACCAUCUAUCUGCGCGGGGCUGGCCCUGUGCUCUGACGCCGGGAAUGUUCUCGACGCGGCGAAUGCUGCGCUUGUCGACAGCGCCGCGAAGCAGCAGCUGUCCGCUGCCGUCAGCAGUCAUCGGGCAACAGCGGUGGCGUCGGCAGGCAACCGUGAUAAUCCGUACAAGGUUCUUCUGGAGCCACCCACUGUGCGGCAAUUCCUGCACUUUCCGUACGUUUUAAUCAGGGCCUUUGUUAAGUGCCAGAUGCUGGGAAUGUACGGAAUAUUUGUCCAUCAUUACAAGAAAUGACGCGCAGAAGGCCGCCGCAAACGUUUUUUUUUUUAGAGAGAAACUCGCCACAUUGUUGUAUGUUUGUUCUCGCACAGCAUCUGUGAUGACUUAUAGUGCAUCGCGCUUUCUUAUCAUUUUAUCGAUGUACCCUCAUAAAGUUUCGUUACUGCGUUGUUUA